AUGGCACAAUCAGCAAUGAAAGACUCGAGCGUUUUCCACGGCCCGGAGAAUUGGGAGUCGUGGGACAGAGAAUUUCAAUCGAGAACAAUUGCUCUAGAGCUCUGGGAUCACAUCAAUCCGGACGAUGAAGAACGAGAGGAGUGGCCAGAGCCUCCCCAGAAGCCUAAAUACAAAGAUUACCCGAAACGUCUCGAUCACGACACUCGAAGCCGAGGUACUUCUCACACCUUAGACGAUACUGCACCAGAGAACAAACGAACCGAACGAAUUGAUCCAAAUAGCCACCCACGAGCGGUGUCCGAGAUGACGACACAAGGAAGAAUGCUAUUCAACGCAGACUGGACUGUGUUUGUCUACGAGGAUCGGAAAUACGAGACCCAUCGCAAGAAUUACAAGGAAAUGGUACAAUGGGUGCUCGACAACGUGUCAACUCAUUACAAGGACACAGUCUGCCGACCAACCAAGCUGCUUGACGUGUGGUAUACAGACCUGAAAGAAAUCGCAAGUGUUAGCGUGGCACAACUCAAGCCUGCAGCUCGAGACCGAUAUCGAGAAGCAGUCAAGCCACUUAACAAGCUACCCAGGGAUUUGGCUGCAUGGAUCAACAACUGGGAAGCUGCAGUUGCUAUUGCCAAAGAAAAAGGCGUUGGCGAUGUAGCAGAUUCCGAGUCCAUCUUCUCGGACCUGUCACGGGCUCUACGCAAAGUCAUUCCGGAAUGGGUCUCAGCAUUUCGAGCUGUAAAUCGAAACAAGCUAGAAAGAGGGAAGAUGAACUUCAGACUUAUCGCCUCCGAUCUCCGAGAACAUGCAGCAAUGCUCUACGGAGCACCCACGUCUUCGAAAAUAGCCAAAGGUUCUUUUGCAGCACAUUUUGGCGACGAAGCGGAUCAAGAAGACCAGGAGAACCAUUCCGAAGAUAUUCGCAGUACCGACUACCACGAACAGAAACAGAGAAGACCUCAGAGAGGUGAGAGACCUCGAGGAGGAGGUACCCGAGGAAAUCGAUCAAGUUCGAAAAGACCGCAGGCCGAGACACUCACCAACCCAGACAGAGCAAGAUGCAAGGCCUGCCUCGGAUUCCAUGAGCUUUCGCAAUGCUUCUACGCGGUAUCAAGCAAAGCACCUAAGGGCUGGAUUCCAAACGAAACCAGCAAGCGACUUGUUCAACAACGCAUCAAGGACGACUCGAAUUUAGCAGAACAAGUUAGCCGACUCAACAAGUCCACUGCGCCGACAAUGACGGAAUGA